CCGCUUGCCUGAGCCAGCGAGCGAGCGGGCAGGUGCGGACGGAGAGGGGAUUUGCUCGCGGCCAGCCCGGGGCUCGCAGUCUUAGGGGACGACCAUGUCCGCGCGCUGUUGUGCGGGUCAGCUGGCCUGCUGUUGUGGCACUGCUCCGUGUUCACUCUGCUGCAAAUGCUGCCCAAAGAUAAAGCAAUCCACCAGCACCCGCUUCAUGUAUGCACUGUACUUCAUCUUGGUGACUCUCAUCUGUUGCAUCAUGAUGUCAGAGACGGUAGCAAAAGAAAUGAAAGCACAUAUUCCCUUUUAUGGCACACUAUGCCAACAUAUUCAGGCAGGUGACUCAUGUGAGAAGCUAGUGGGGUACUCUGCAGUUUAUCGAGUGAGCUUCGGAAUGGCCUGCUUCUUCUUCAUCUUCUUCUUACUCACCAUCAAAAUCAACAGUAGCAAAAGUUGCCGUGCAUACAUGCACAAUGGAUUUUGGUUCAUUAAACUUCUAGUCUUGGCCGCCAUGUGCUCAGGAGCCUUUUUCAUUCCCGACCAGGAUACCUUUCUUAAAGCAUGGCGUUAUGUAGGCGCUGCAGGAGGGUUCCUCUUUAUCCUCAUUCAACUCAUCCUGCUUGUAGAAUUUGCCCACAAAUGGAAUAAGAACUGGACAUCUGGCACAAGGCACAAUAAGCUCUGGUAUGGCUCCUUAGCUCUUGUGACUCUCAUUUUGUACUCCGUCGCUGUUGGAGCUCUGAUUGUGAUGGCUGUCUUUUACACACGUGCCGAUGGCUGCAAUUUUAACAAGAUCCUGCUUGGUGUCAAUGGCGGCUUGUGCUUGCUUAUUUCAAUGAUAGCCAUCUCACCCUGUGUCCAAAACCGUCAGCCACAUUCUGGCUUGCUGCAGUCAGGCAUUAUCAGCUGCUAUGUCAUGUAUCUCACCUUUUCAUCUCUUUCAAGCAAACCACCAGAAACUAUCCUAGAUGAGAAUCAGAAGAACAUAACAAUCUGUGUACCUGAAUUUAGCCAGGGGCUACAGACAGAUGAAAACUUGGUGACUGGACUGGGUACUGCCAUCCUGUUCUGUUGCAUUUUAUAUUCUUGUUUGACCUCAACAACGCGUGCAAGCUCUGAAGCCCUGAGAGGAAUAUAUGGCACACCGGAAACUGAAGUGGCUCGCUGCUGUUUCUGCUGUACUCCUGAUGAAGAUGCAGAUGUUGAAGAGCCUGUUGGCAGAAAGAGUGGUCAGAGAGUAAUUUAUGAUGAAAAGAAAGGAACUGUAUACAGCUAUGCUUAUUUCCACUUUGUGUUCUUCCUGGCUUCUCUCUAUGUGAUGAUGACGGUCACCCACUGGUUUCAUUAUGAAAGUGCUGCAAUUGAAAAAUUCUUCGCUGGAACCUGGUCAAUAUUCUGGAUUAAGAUGGCUUCCUGUUGGGUGUGUGUCCUCCUCUACGUUUGGACUCUUCUGGCUCCUUUCUGCUGCCCAACGAGAGAAUUCUCAGUGUGAAGCUGUUUCUGGUACAAGUGCGUCAGCUUGGGGAAUGGCAAAAUAAAUCUGUGUACUAGCUAUCCUAAUCUUGAUGUUUAGGAUAUUACAUUAACUCUUAUGAAAUCACACAUUUAGAGUCUGGUUUUGAAAACUUAUUUACAUUACGUGAAUUAAGAGAGCCUGGAGGAACAAGUUUAGUGAGAAGUGGCACCUCAGUCUGGAAGUCAAAAGUUAUGGAUUCUCUUAAACAUAAUUGGUGAUAAGACUGAUGCUGACAUGUUACAGUCCUCGCAGACAUUGAUCCCCACUUUUUUUGUUGACAAAGAAACCAAACCCAUAGAUAAAAUUACAAAAUGGAACUUAAAACUUGACUGGGAUGAAGAUGUUGUCAUGGGUGGGAACGACAUCAGCUCGAGGGUUUCUUUUUCUGUAUUAGGUGUUCAUAGUAAAUUAUUGGAAAUGUAGAUUGUGGGUGAAAAGGAUUUGUGGGUAUAGAAAUAUUUAUUUAUGCUAUUAAUGAAAGGCACCUUUAUGAAUCACUGGGUGACAUGAUGUAGAAUCUGAAAACCUGACUGGGAUGCAAGACACUGUAAAGGUUGGUGCAAUUGAAAGUUGUUAUGAGUCACUCUGGGAGUGAAUGCAUGUAAUAAAAUAUUCAGAACAGAAGCAGUGAGCAACAAAAUACAAAUCUGCCUAUAGCUAGCCUAGUAAGUCUGGAGAGUUUCCCUUUUUUUGCAGGGGUUGUUAAGAGUCUACAUGAAAACUUAUUUAAAACUGUUAUCUAAUAGAGUUUAAGAAAUCAGGUAAAUACUUAUAUUGUAAAGUAGCCAUACCCUGAAAAAUAAU